AUGUCAUCAAAAGAGACCUCCAAGAGCAAGGACAAGGAUAAGGACAAGUCCAAGGUCCACAAGCUCUCUCUCAAAGGCAGCGCCCGCCUGGUCGCCGAAUUCUUCCAAUACUCUAUCCACAGUAUUCUCUUUCAACGAGGAGUCUACCCAGCCGAAGACUUUACAGUCGUCAAGAAAUAUGGCCUCAACAUGCUCGUCUCGGCCGAUGACCAAGUAAAGGCUUACAUCAAGAAGAUCAUGUCGCAGCUCGACAAGUGGAUGGUUGGCGGAAAGAUCUCCAAGCUCGUCAUCGUCAUUACAGAUAAAGACACAGGGGAGCACGUCGAGCGCUGGCAAUUCGACGUUCAAAUCUUCCAACCCGUCAAGAAGUCCAAGUCCUCCAAAUCAGCCUCCAAAGACCAAGAAAACUCCGCGUCCGCAGGAUCCGCGCCUACAGCGCCCGAGAAAACAGAACCCGAGAUCCAAGCCGAAAUCGCCGCUAUCUUCCGACAGAUAACAGCGUCUGUUACAUUCCUGCCUCAGCUCAACGGCGACUGCACCUUCAACGUGCUCGUCUACGCCGAUGCCGAUAGCGAAGUUCCUGUCGAAUGGGGUGACUCAGAUGCUAAGGAGAUCGAGAAUGGAGAAAAGGUGCAAUUGAGGGGAUUCAGCACGGCGAACCACCGUGUCGAUACCUUAGUUAGCUAUCGAUUCUCAGAUUAG